AAGAGGUGGAUGAUUUUUCUGUCUCAUUUGUUUUCUUCCAGAAUGGGUUCUAGCUGGGUUCCUUGGGUGGUGGCUGCAUUAGCGACGCUAAUCAGGCUGGAUUCCUCCACGACUCAAGGCAGAGAUUCUCCAGAAGAUUUUGUGAUUCAGGCAAAGGCUGACUGUUACUUCACCAACGGGACAGAAAAGGUGCACUUUGUGGUCAGGUUCAUCUUUAACCUGGAGGAGUAUGCACGUUUUGACAGCAACUUGGGGAUGUUUGUAGCCUUGACGGAGCUGGGGCGGCCUGACGCUGAGCUGUGGAACAAUCGGCCGGAUAUACUGGCGAGGAGUAGAGCCUCUGUGGAUACGCUCUGCAGACACAACUACAAGCUGGGUGCACCCUUCACCGUAGGGAGAAAAGUGCAACCAGAGGUGGCAGUGUAUCCGGAGAGGACCCCAGUCCUGCAGCACAGCAAUCUGCUGCUUUGCUCUGUGACAGGCUUCUAUCCAGGGGACAUCAAGAUCACGUGGUUCCGGAAUGGGCAGGAACAGAGAGAGGGGGUCAUGUCCACUGGCCUCAUCAGCAAUGGAGACUGGACCUUUCAGAAAAUGGUGAUGUUGGCAGUGACGCCUGAACUUGGAGAGGUCUACACCUGCCUUGUUGAUCAUCCCAGCCUGCUGAGCCCCGUUUCUGUGGAGUGGAGAGCUCAGUCUGAAUAUUCUUGGAGAAAGAUGCUGAGUGGAGUUGCAGCCUUCCUGGCUGGGCUAGUCUUCCUUCUGGUGGGCAUCGUCAUCCACAUCAGGGCCCGGAAAGGAUGUGUGGAGAUGCUGUUGGCUGGUGCUGAGGUCCCAAGAGCCGUUCUUCGCCCACAGCCACACCAAGGUACUAAUUGAAGCUUCUCCCCCUGGAGCCUGAAGUAGGAUCAAGUGGCCCCGAACUAAGUGAAGGACAUUCAUGAGGUCAAUGUUCUGGAUGACUCGUUUCCGUGAGACCUUGGAGGAAUCCUGAAUUGAUUCUAGAGAGUUGUGUUCUGAUAUCACAUAUCUGUCAUCCUUCUGCCCUUCUUUCUCCUCCUUAUCUAUACUAAUCCCCAUUUCCAAGUUCAGUGUCCAGAAAUUCCCCUAAGAACUAGCUCCUUACAGUCCCAAACUGUUUACUUUUCUGUGGUCCAGCUCUAACCCUCUAAGUUGUUAUCUCUAUCUUUCUCUCUUCCAAAGGCAGCCCCACAGUCUUUAGAAGACAAAUGCUCUCUUUUCAUUGCUUUUUAAAGACUUUUUCUUUAAAAUAAAACUGAGGUACAGAUAACCACAUAAAAUGUAUAACUUGGUACAUGUCUUAAGGUAAAACCUCUGUAAUCAACCCUCAGUUCAAGAAAUAGAACUUUUCCAGCCACUGCAGAAGUCUCUCUGCUGCAGGCCAAUCAAAGACCCUUCCUCUUCUCAAAAAUAAUCAUAUCCUUGCAAACUAUUAUAUACAAAAUGGAUAACCAAAUGGUCUCACUGUAUGGCACAGGGAACUCUAUUCAAUAUCUUAUGAUAAACCAGAAUGGAAAAGAAUAUGAAAAAGAA